AUGAAGCUCACGGCUGGUGCUCCUUUUCAAAGGUCUCAGCAUCCUCACGCUACCUCCUGCCGGCACUUCCACUUGGGGCCUCAGCCUCAGAUCCCAGCUGACUUUUCCCUCCCUCACCCCGUCCAGACCCAGUCGGGACUGAGCCCUCACAUGGCCACGCCUCACCAGCAUAACGGCCCUCUCCACCAGCCCUUACCACCGCUGUCGGCCCUCCAGUUCCAGGACAUGACAGGCCCCUCUUUCCUACCUCAGGCCCUACACCAGCAAUACCUCCUCCAGCAGCAGCUCCUCGAGGCCCAGCACCGGAGGCUUGUGGCACAUCCCAGGCGGACUCAGGAGCGCGUGUCUGUUCACCCUCAUCGGCUGCACCCAGGCUUUGAUUUCAGCCACCAACUGCAAACGCCUCAACCUUUAGGGCCUCAGCCCAGGUAUCUGGCUGAGGGCACUGACUGGGAUCUCAGUGUUGACGCGGGAUUGAGUGCGGCCCAGUUCCAGGUUCGGACGGUUCCUCAGCACUAUCAGCAUUACUUAGCUACUCCUCGAAUGCAUCACUUUCCCAGAAACUCCUCCUCCACACAGAUGGUUGUCCACGAAAUCAGAAAUUACCCAUAUCCUCAGCUUCACUUGCUUGCUCUUCAGGGACUGAAUCCAAACAGGCACACGUCAGCGGUGAGGGAAAGUUAUGAGGAGCUGCUGCAGCUGGAAGACAGACUGGGUAGUGUGAGCCGGGGAGCAGUGCAGAACACCAUCGAGCGGUUCACUUUUCCCCACAAAUACAAGAAGCGGAGGCCACAGGAAGGCAAAGACAAGAAGGAGGACGGAGAGGAGUCGGACACAGAUGAGAAAUGCACAAUUUGUUUGUCUAUGUUGGAAGACGGAGAAGAUGUGAGGCGCUUACCCUGUAUGCAUCUAUUCCACCAAGUGUGCGUGGACCAGUGGUUGGCCACCAGCAAGAAAUGUCCCAUCUGCAGAGUGGACAUUGAAACACAGCUGGGCGCUGACAGCUGAGGGGGGCCGCCCCCCGCCCCCCCCGGAGACCCCAUCUUCCUUACCAGGUCACCCACGGCCAUAGCCCUUGCAGCAAAACUUUGCCUUCUGAGCCAUUUGAUUUAGAGGACAAGCCUGCAAGCACAUUUAGCGCUAAGAGGAAUUGGUGGUACAGUGUCUAGGGAUAGGAGAGGAUCCACCCAACCCGACUGGGCUCUCUGCCCUCUGCCCCGGCAGGGUGAAGGAUCUUGGCCGCCUCGGUGCGAGGGCAUUCCCGUGCUGUGGAAGACCUAGGUGUGAUCUUGAAGGUACUAGCUGGGUAGUGUGACCCAUCAAUCCUGCCCUUCCAAGGAUUGUAUAUAUACCUCUCAAAUCAGUAGAAACAAUGUAGGGGUCUUUAGCUAUUUCUGUGGAUGGCAGCCAGAGCAUGUUAGCUUAAGAAAAUGUUGUGUUUGGUGACCCUAGUCAUCUUGUGGUGGACACGUCGCUGUUACCUAAUUUGCACCAAAUAUUUUUCAUCGAGUCCUUGUUUUGGUGCCUGACAAAAACAAAGAACACAAACGUUCACGGAAACCAACAAAAGCCGAAUCUUCUCAUCGUUCAACAACAACAACAACAACAACAAAAUAGAAAUGAAGGUGAGAAAGCCAAAUCCUGUUUACAGUGAAAAAGGAUUGCGUUCUUCACCCGGGGUCGGGGCUGCUUUCUUUGGAUCAUGUUUACAGCAUAUGGAGAGACUGUAGGAAGCCUCUAGGACAGGAACGAAGGGGAGGGACCUGAAUCCAAAGGGACCUGGGGCCCUUGCUGGGAUCCACCCCCCCACCACAACCCUCCCUCUGGCUCCACCCUCCAAACACACCACCUGGUGCUAGGCCUAGGGGAGGGUGAGCCAGGGAUGAGGUCAGGGGAGGGUGGAAGAUGAGGGCCUCCCCAAUUUCUUCUCUCUGGACCAAGAGACAUGGCACACUAGGGCAGUAGUCCCCGAAGAGAGCUAUGAGAUUGGCUGGCUGAGAUGGAGACUCCCCAUCUUUCCAUUGGAAGAGGGAGAUGAAAGCGCCACUACAGUCGCUCACUGCAUCCCUCAUGGAGCCCGUAGGGCUCUUUCUAGGCGCCUUGUUCCCUUCUGCUUCUCCCCUCCCUGGUGGCCAAGGGAUUGCAGCUGCUCUGCCCCUGCGGGCAGCAGCGGGCAGAGAUGACUCACCUGGGCCCAGUCAGAGAGCCAGCGCAGGGGCAGCUGCGAAACAUCCCUCGGGAGGCCCCUUCCCCACACCCUGGCUCCCUUCACCCCUCCCACGGCGCCUCGUGACUAGAGGGCACCAAGUGGGGUACGAGGUGGGACUUUGCAAGGACUCUCUGGAUCAUUUACAAAGUCAGAGGGGCAGUUUCACUCAGAGAGAAAAGGCAGGCUCUAGUCCUUAGAGCAUCAGACCAGGAGUCAGGACACCAGGGUUCGGACCCCAGCUUCUCCCUUGACUCACUGUGUGACCUUGGGCAAGUCACUUCCCUUCUGUGCCUCAGUUUCCCCAUCUGCAAGUGGGGGACAUUACUAUCUGCCCCCUUCCCUACCUCACCAGGAUGUCGUGAGGAUAAAUAACAUCGGUGAUGUGCUCUGUACUCCUUAGAGAGUCUGCUAGUUUAGGGACUUGAUCUCAUGGUUCUCCUAGGGUGACACAUUAGGAAAUUUCCAGUGCUCUCAGACAAUAUCUCUUCGUGUGUAGCUCAACUGCUUCUUAGCAUCCCGAAGGGAACAGAGAGAUGGAAUUGGGGAAGACCAGGAGUGGGAGAGUGGGGAAAUCCACCAGGUUUCAUCGUGUACCAAAUUUAUUUUUUUGUAUACUGCUUUAUCUUUAAAGGGUUGGGAAUAAGGAAAGGUAGGUUACAGCUCAAAUGGAAUCCUUCACUUCAUCCCUGACCCUCCAUCUCCCUCCUCUAUCCCUCGUCCCCUUAGAGCUCAGUCAUCACAGAAAGAAUUUUAAGGAAUCGACUGGCCCAAUAGCCAGAUGAUAAACUUCUCGAGUAGAACUGUGUUUUCCAAAGACCCCUUCAGUUUGGGAAGGAGGCUGAUCCCGGGAAGAACACUGGAACUCUUAGUCUGAAGGGAAAAGAGGUUUCAGUAUCCUGGCACAAUUGGAAUGUCCUCCCAACCUACCCAGUGUGAACAGUAAUAACGGAGGGGAGAGCGAGGUCCCAAAGACUGGUGGGCGAACCCAAGCAAUGGUGUUUUCUCAGCAAGGCUGCUGGCUGUUUGUGUUGCUUGCCUGCCAUGUGAGCUAGCUAUUUCUCUUCAUUUGUUUUUAGAAUAGAUGAAAAGAUUCCCCAUCAAGAUUCCGAACCUCGCUCUCUCCUCCGCCCUCUUACCCGUGAGCCUUGGGAGGGUUGGGAAAAAUAAGCACCUUGACCAACUCCCCUAUCGGAUGGUCUUUAUUCAUGACAUUCAUCUCUCCCGGAUGGUCUCCCCAUUCACCCGCCUGGGGACAGGAUCAAGUGAACCCUGGAUAUCCCUUCUGGCUUUUUAGAAUUCUUGGCAAUUCUGUGUAGGGUGCUGGUGACUGGGUGAUUUCUGUUGUGUUGGGACAUCCGUUUCUUGGAAUUCAGGAUGAGUUCAGUGAGUGUCGAGGAACAGAAAUGACCUACUCAUUCUUUCCAGAAAAUAUCAAUUGGAGGCCCAUGGCAGGUGUGGCCCAGUAUUUGAUUAGAUGUCUGUGGGGAGGGAGUUUAGAUGAGACCCAGGGCCUGCCCUAAUGUGCCUUCCAUCACGAAGGAGAUGGUCGCAUUCCAGUGGAGCUGUAAGUGUAAAAGCAUCUCUCAGAGCGGAUGAGGCUGACUCCUCUGCCGGGCGGGGACCGCAGCCAGGCGAGGGGUGAAGGAUGGAAUUCCCAGCACCACGGUUCUCCUCACCCCCACCCCAACUGUGUCCGUGGGUAAGAGUCAUCCAGGUGCCCCGACCCAGGAGCCUGGAGGCCUCAUGGCUGGAUCUGGGGUGACAGGGCCCAGUGAGGGCAGUGCCCGCCAUUUCCUUAUCCCUUUCUGAUGAAGGA